AUGUGUCCAGUUCCCUGCUUCCAACGUAAGCAGCACCAGAAACAGGAGGUUCUAUUAGUAUCUUUAGUCAGCAGCCAAACCUGAGGCCCUUUGAUGCGUUCACUCACUCUGUCGGGUCGUUUGUGUCCCCUCUGGAGGAUCAUGGGCCUGGACCUUCUGUUCAGUAUCUGACAGCAGUGGCUUCGUGUAUUUGCUAGUUUUCUAGUUGUGCAUGGCGAAGGGGAUAAGACUGCUUCGACUAUCCCAAUCCUAGCCGGCAACGCCUGAGUUUUUGACCUCACGAGCAGGGGAAUGGCGGUGUCCUUUACUGAGAUGGGACAGAUUGCAGGAGGGAUGGAUUGCAGGAGGGUUCAGUUUUGGACAUACUGCCUUUGAGGUGUCUGUGAGAAAUCCAAAUGGAGCUUUCAGAAGACUGUCGGAUAUAUGAAUGUAGAAUUCAGAGAAGUCUGGGAAGGAAACAGUGUUUAUUGAUCUCACCUUAAAUAUUAGGAAUUUUAAUGUAAACUUGGCUACCCUGGCUGGUGCGUAGACACGAAGUAAAAUAUCUGCAGGUUUCAUUAUUCCGAACUGAAGCUAACCCUAACUGAUUACAUAUGGGAGAGGAAAGAAAGGGAAGAAGCAGCCAGCUGUGUGUCUGAGUCACUUAUUAGUCAAGCCAAAGGGUUGAAUCAUGUUUAAGAAGGUCAACAGGAUUGAGCCCAAGAGGAACAAGACAGGAAAACCAAAAAAGCUUAAUCCAUGGAUUUCACACAUCUCCUGCCACCAACGCUAUGUCACCUUCCUUACUGGCUGCUAUAGUUGCCUCUGGAAAUUCACACAAUGGGAAAAAACUAAAGUUGGAUUUUGUUGCUGCAGUUGGAAAGAGCAAUUAUUUUGCCCAUGCCUGAUAAUUUCAUUUGUCUUGUCUGUGAUGUUGCUGUUCCUGUGGAUAGAAACAUCCAAUGAAUACUUUAACUUUGACUGGGUCACUUUUCUAGGAACAGGCUACUGGUUUUUCUGGUCUAUUUUUGUUUUGAGUUUAGCUGGGAUCCUGACUGCCUACUCUUCAUUGCUGUUGUUACUUGGAUUUUUGUUGCUUUGGGAAGGGAUUGAACUAUACCUGCACUUGUGUCAUAAGAUCCUGAUUCUGCUAGUGAUUCUUCUGUGUGUCAUUUUACUGUUCAUUAUAUGCAAAUUCUGGAAAGAAAGGUGGCAAGUAGCUGGGCUGUCACUGCAGAUCUUUUCUCCCUACGUUCACCUGUUCAGCAUAACUGUGAUGGUUAUCCUUUCCUGGCCUGUGGCCUUCUAUGUGGCGCAUUUGGAAAGAGAAGUUAGAAUGAGAAGAUACAGGAUGACACAUUCUGAGAAAAAAAGACUCAAGAAAUGUAAUGUAAUCACGAGGUUAAGAGGUCUACAAGUGGCUGUUGGAUUACCCUUUCUUCUGAUCCUUUUAAGCCUCUAUUUGGUGCCACUGGGGAUUAAUUCUCCCUGCAUUCAGGAGAAGGAGAAUUUGGGGCCAAAGCCAACCUUCUUUGGACAUAGAGGUGCACCCAUGUUGGGGCCUGAGAAUACCCUGAUGUCCUUUGAGAAAGCUGUUGAACAUGGAGCCCAUGGACUGGAGACUGAUAUAUACUUAAGUUAUGAUCAUGUGCCUUUCCUCAUGCAUGACUUUGACUUGAGAAGAACAACCAAUAUCAGGGAAGUUCAGCCAGAAUCUGCCUUCCAGAACCCUGCCUUCUUCAGUUGGGAUUUCCUGUCAACACUGAAUGCAGGCCAAUGGUUUGUAAAACCAGAGCUUAGGCCAUUCUACAAUAUGAAACCUCUAUCAGAGGCAGAUAAAGAAAGAGCAAGAAAUCAGUCAAUUCCAACACUAGCUGAUUUGUUGACACUUGCAAAGAAGGAAAGAAAAUUUGUGAUAUUUGAUCUUCGUAGCCCUCCACCAAAACAUCCUCUCAGACACACAUUUGUCCGCCAAGUAGUAAGCGUGAUCCUUGCCUCUAAAAUUGAGCAACAUCUGAUUUAUUGGUUGCCAACUCAUGAUAUGCGAUACGUCAGGUCUGUGGCUCCUGGUUUUCAGCAUGUGGGUCGUUUUGUAUCCAUUGAAACCCUUGCUAAAAAAAAUAUCAGUAUAAUAAAUGUUGACUACAAGAGGUUGUUCCCUAAUGGGUUAAGAGAUUAUAAAGCAGCUAACAUCCGUAUCAACAUAUAUACUAUCAAUGAGCCUUGGCUUUUCUCACUAGCGUGGUGCUCCAGGAUUAAUUCAGUGACCACAGACAACAUUGGGCUCCUGAGUCAGCUUAAUCACCCUCACUUCUUCAUGACACCAAGAUCCUAUAUGUUCAUGUGGCUCCUUGCAGAUAUCAUUUCUGUACUUUUUAUUAUUACCAUAUUUUGUUUUCACUGGCGGAGAGAGACUAAAAAAGAAAAGUGGUUUGAACCCUCCAGAAAUCCCACAGAUACUCACAGUGGAAGUGAGAAUGAGAAAGAUUUGCACAUAUCCGUUAAAUCUCCUGCCCGAGUUGUGGAACGUCCUUGGACUCUAGCAGCCCUCCACCCGGCUUUACCCAAGAGCGGAAAGGAACACCAAGGCCAUUCCAGUUUUUCAGCAGCAUCCAAGAAACUAGUACCUAUCAAGAAUGCUGUGACACCUCUGAAGCCUGCCAAGCAUUACAUUCAACCACCAACACCCACCACAGUCUUUGAACUCACCCAAGCACCCACCAGGCAGGCUGCUACUGGUGAGGCUACCUUUCAAACUACAUUGCCCACCUCGAAGGCAGAUAAGCCAACAAUGCCCCCCGUAGAGGUCCCCUAUCCUGAAAUAAGAGACCUCUAAGACAUCCUCAUGGCUGAAUACUCCAAAGAAUCAUAUGUCACAAUAUAUUCCACUGCAUCUGACAUACCCUCCUAGGAGAUGUUUCCAAAGAAGAAUUAGCCACAUCUUGCCCGCUUCUUCCUCUUCCUCUCUCUGCAGUGGUGGGAAGUGGUUGAUAAAGGCACACAGAAGGGCCAUUAAGGCUCUUGGGAACCAUUCUGCUCUAGCCUUUCUAUCAAGAAUGCAUCUCAAGGGGCUAGGCAAGGGUAAAACUGUUGUGUAUGGUCUUGGAACUGGAGCUGGUUGCUCUCUGUCAAGUUUUUCUCAUCUUCACACCUCCAUAGUAUUCCCUGCUAAGGGAGUGACUGUGCAUAUAAAUAAAGGCAACCUCUCAGGAA